AUGGAAUGCGUAAAACUUCUGGAGAGCAUAGACCUGUUUGGUUACGCUGGCAUUUGUGUUGGUACUGAAAAUUCUCAGUUACUGCAAAAUUCUCUGAUAAUACUGCAACAAGAGAAUCACUUUCGAAAGUGUUAUUACUGGGGCAAGAUCUAUGGGGUUCGAAACGAUUAUCACAUCGCGUUUGGUUUCGAGAAAGACUGCAUGAACGAUCAAGUGUAUCACUACAGCACGGAUGGUUUUAAUUGGCUUCUGCUACCGCAGGCGAGUAAGUGUGCGCGAUUUUUAACGCCUCUCGCGAUUAAUAAGUUCGAGGGUGAUCCCUCUAUCGUGACUAACGUUUAUAACGUUAAUCCUCCGUUCCCUCCAAACGAAGACCCCAAGAAAUAUUACGACGGCCCCAUACCGCGAGAAUUAAAAGAGGAGGACAGGCUCGCGGCUACGAUAGAAAUAAUUCGAGACGAUGCUGUCGUGAUCCCUCGUGGUGCGUGGUUCAAGUGUCCCAACGGGGACGUCGUUGAGAAUUUCAGUUUCGAAGGACUCGAUACCGCGGAUGCCUCGUACUUAAAAUCGUAUUUACACGCGCGUUUACCGCAGCAGAAGUGGAAUACUAAUCUACUGACGAGACCUGAUUACAAUUACGCGAUAGAUUUCUUAGACUCGAUCGAUUUAGAUGUGCCGCAAGGAUGCUGGGAUCUGCAAUUCUUACUAGGGAAACGUUUAGUGUUGUUGCACAGUCUCUGUUGGCCGGGUAUGACGUUUUAUCAUAAGUUAAACACUCCCCAUUACGGGUUUCUUUAUUUCGGACACGGGCAGAAAAAUAUGGACGUAGUUUUCAUGGUAUAA